UCGAGGCAAAGUAUAAUAUAAAGAUUAAUAGGAUAAUUGGAUUCGAUACCAAAGAUUAUAAAUUUUUUAGAUAUUGAUUUCUGAGAAUAUGUUUCUGAAUAAAAAAAAUAUUUGAUUCCAAAUAUAAUUCGUAUAAAUUUAAUAAUCUGCCAUGCUAUUAAUGGGAGGAUUCCGAAUGUAUGGAUGGAGGUAUAUUUUGGCCUAAAAUGGCGAUCCUCCUCCUCCCUCAUCUAAUAAGUGCACAACACCUUCCCCUUCAUCCCUCAGGGAAGAUUACAAGAGACAAGAAACAAGAUCGAAUCAGUGGGGCGCCUUUUUGUAGGUUCACCCCCCUGAUUCUUGUUCAGACUCUUCGUUCUUCUUCCUUCUUUGCAGGAUCUUCUCAGGUACGCACAAUCUGCAUUGGAAUCCCAUAAACUAGUUCCGAUUCUGCCUUUUUUAUUUUUCGAAUUCGUAUAGCUGGUCAAAAUCUGAUUUUUGAUUUGGGUUUAGAAUUUGAGUUCCGCCCAAUUCGUGGAAAAAAAAAGCAGGGUUUAACGGGAAAAAAUGUCGAUUUCGGUGGAUUGGUCGGAUCAACCUCCGGAAUUGCUUGAAACAAUUGCGAAGGAGCUAAAGAUUCAUCAGGAUUAUGUUCGAUUUAGAGCUGUUUGUUUAGCUUGGCGAAGCGCGACACCAAGAAUUCCUAAACAUUUACCAUGUCAACUGCCCUGGUUAAUGCUCCCUCGAAGAACAAAUCAGAAUCCACAAUCAAAUACCCGAAGCUUUUUGAACGUCUCCGAUGAUAAAGUUCACCUUAUUGAUCUGCCUGAAGAUUCUGAUAGCAAUCGUCGAUGUGGAUCUUCAUAUGGAUGGCUUGUGAUUCUCGAAGAAACCCCUUCAAUUUCAAUCGUAAACCCAUUAACCCAGGCCAAACACCACCUCCCACCAUUAUCAUCAUUUCCAAACGUAACAUCCUUCGAGCCUUCUGAAAUUGGGAAAGAAUACACUCUCAAAACAUCAGAAGGCGAAGUAUAUACAUGUAAUUCAAAAGAAAUGCGUGAUUCAUUCAUCAAAAAGGUGAUCUUUUCUUCAAGCCCUUCAAAUGAAAACAUGGAUUACUACGCAGUAGCAAUUCUAAAUCAAACCGGUGAUCUUGCAUUUUGCAAGAAAGGCGACAACUGUUGGAAAUUCAUAGAUGAUGCAAAUUCUUUCUGUGAGGAUGUUGUUUUUCACAAAGAGUGUUUCUACGCUGUGAGUAAACAUGGAACAGUUGCUAUAUGUGACAUUACUGGAUCAUCACCAAAUGUUUCCUUUAUCGAAACCCCAAGACAAGUUGGUGGCGAUAUGCAAUAUUUGGUGAUAUGGGAAGAAGAAUUAUUGUUGGUGACUCGAUAUAUGGAGGUUGAAUUUAACAUGGAUCAACAUAAAGUUGAUAUUGUGUAUAAAACUACUGAUUUUCGAGUGUUUAAGUUGGUUUUAAAUGGGCCAAAAUGGGAGAGUAUGAGUGGAUUGGAUGGGUGUGCAUUGUUUUUGGGGGAGAAUUCUUCCAUGGCGUUUCGUGCUUCUGAUUUCCAUGGUUGUAAUGGGAAUUGUAUAUAUUUCACAGAUGAUUAUUCUGAGUGGAAUUAUGAUGGUGCUAAUGGGGAUCAUGAUUUGGGUAUUUAUGACUUGGAAAAUGGUAGUGUGGUAGGUUUACCGGGUUAUGAAAAGUUGUCCAAUGGACGUCGAUGGCCUCCUCCAAUUUGGAUUAGUCCAAGUCUACAUUAAUCACGAGGCGUGAAUGGUUUAACGAGGAAAGUGACGAGAUAAAUGUGGAUGAUCAUUUUUCUAAGCUUGGUUGGCUUUUUGUAUGAUAUCUAAAGUUAUGAGAGUUUUUGGUAAUGAAAUAUUGUUAUUUCUUUCUUACUUGGACUAUAAAUUGCUUGACGUGUGAUAUAUGAAGUUAUAAUCGAAUGUAAGGAAAGAGGAAAUUGCAUCGUGUUCUAUGUUUAA